AUGUCAUUGCCAGGCAUCGUGCGGACCGUCAGAAUGGUCACGACCACCGGACAAGAGGCAGAAUUGGCGCCCAUCGAGCAGGCCAAGAAAACAGUGGGUUCUUCUUCGAAUUUUUUCAGUUCUUUACCGAAAUUCAGUGAAUUUCAGGCCGCCUACGCUUGCGGAGAGAAGUACGUGUCAAGCGGGUGCCGUUUGGGCGUCGGCUCCGGCAGCACAGUCAAAUAUCUCGUCGAGUAUCUGAAACAGGCAUUUCAGACCGGAAAUCUGAGGGAUAUCGUUUGUGUGCCCACGAGCUUCUCGGUAAGUGCUCAAAAUGCAAAGGGAACUUCAAAAGUACUAAGAUCACCCCAAAAUUCACUUAAAAAUCCGAUUUUUCCAGCUAAAAAUAGGCCGAACACGAAAACCUGACAAAACGUCAAUGUUCGCCAAUUUUUGCAGACAAAACAGUGGUUGAUCGAGGCGGGACUGCCCGUUUCGGACCUGGACGCGCACCCGGAACUCGACGUCUGCAUCGACGGCGCCGACGAGGUGGACGGACAGUUCACGUGCAUUAAGGGCGGCGGCGGGUGUUUGGCUCAGGAGAAAAUCGUCCAAACCGCCGCCAAACACUUUUACGUGAUCGCCGACUAUUUGAAGGAUUCCAAACAUUUGGGCGAGCGAUAUCCGGUCGUUCCCAUUGAGGUUUGCAAGAUUCUUAAAGGAAAACUUCUAAAACUGAGUCUGUCUACAGAUUCUGCCGGCGGCCGCGCAGCCCCUGCUCCGUUCGAUUCCGCGCUCGGAAGGCGGAUCCUGUCAGCUGAGACAGGCGGUCAAAAAGUGCGGACCGAUAGUGACGGACAACGGAAACUUCAUAAUCGACUGGCAAUUCGAGAAGAACGUGCACGGCCGCGACUGGCGGUCCGUGCAGAGCCGACUGGCCAACACGCCCGGAAUCGUCGAAACCGGACUGUUCAUCGACGUCGUCGACGCCGUUUUCUUCGCCUACUCCGACGGAUCCGUCAAGGAAAUUGUCAAUAAGGCCAGAAAAUAA